AUGGAUAAUAAGGAUGAAAUAACAUCCAUAGGGAAUAAAAACAAGGAUGAAGAAAUAUUCAAAUUGAGAAAAUUAGUAUCAAUAUUUAAAAAUGAAUGUAAAAAAUUGAAAGAAGAAAAUGAUAAUUUAAAAAAAAAUGAACGUUCUGAAUCUUUGGAAAAAAAAAAUGAAAGUAACGUAGAAAAUAGUGAUGGAAAUGUAAGUGAAUAUGGAACUGAUAUUCAAGAAAAAAAUGAAAUAAUUAAAAGAAGUAUUAUCGAAAAAAGUUAUAAAAAAUUAAAAGAUUUUACUAUACUAUUAGAAGAUAGAUUAAAAAAUGUAAAAUUAGAAAGUGAAAAAAAGUGUGUAGAAUUAGAAAAUAAAAUAGAAGAAUGCAAUAAAAAUAAAAAAAUAUAUAUAACAGAAAUUGGAAAUUUAAAAGAAAAAUUAAGAGAACAAAAUUCAGUUAUAGACGGAUUAAAUAAAAAAAUUGAAGAAUAUAAAAUUUAUUUAAGAUCAGAAAAAAAUGUACAAGCAUGUUAUGAAAAUAACAUAGAUCAAACUAUUGAAUAUAAAAUCGAAAUUCGAAAAUUAAAAGAAAAUAUAGAAACUUUAAAAAAGAAUAAUGAAAUAACAUCAAAAGAAAGACAACAAUAUAGAAGUAUGAUUAUAUUAUGUUCACAAUAUAAAGAAAAGUGUAAACAAAUACCAAACUUUCAAAAUAAAAUUGAUUUAUUAGAAAAUCAAAUAAAAGAAAUGGAAAUUUAUAAAUAUAAAGAUAAUGAAAAUAUAAAAAAACUUACAGAAUUAAAAAAUACUAUAAUAAACAAUCAAAUAGAAAAUAAUAAUUUAAAAACACAAUUAAAUGAAUGGGUCAAUUUUGCAAAAAUAUAUAUAAAUAGUAAAUCUAUAAAUAUAGAUACAUUGAAAAAAACAAUGAACGAAUUAAACAAUAAAUAUAAUGAAGCAAAUUCUACAAAAACCGAUCUUGAAUUUAAGUAUAGAAAAAUAGUUGUUGAUAUAGAAGUUCAAAAACAACUUUUAGAAGAUAAAAACUUUGAAUUAAAAAUCCUGAAAAAUAAAAAUAUGCGGCUUGAAAAAAAAUAUGAAUUUCUAAAAAAAGAUUACCUUCUUGAGUUUACUAAAAAUAGCACACAUAUUUCAACUACUUCAAUAUUACAAAAUAAAAAUGAUGAAAAAGGAAAUGAAGAUAAUUAUAAAAUUGAAGACAUCGAAUCAGUUUUACCAACCAAUAUAUCAAGUGUAUUGAAUGAAAAAUAUAACGAACAUGAUAGUGAAGAAAUUAAAAAAAAUAAAAUUGAAAAUUUAUUAAAAUUAGCCCAAAAUUAUAAAUAUAAAAUAGAUUUCUUUCAAAAUGAUAAUUUAGAAAAAGAAAAAUUAAUAGAAGAAUUAAAUAACAAAAUAGACAAAUAUAAAACAGAUUUUGAAAAUACACAAUUAAAAGAAAAAAAUAUACAAGUAUUUACACAAGAUUUAUUAUUAUACGAAAAAGAAAUAAACUUUUUAAAAGAACAUGCUGAGAUUUAUAAAAAACAAAUUUUAAAUCUUGAAAAUGAAUUAGCCAAUAUUAACAAUUUAUGGAAAGAAGAUAAUGAAAAAAAUGAAAUUUCAAUAAAAAAUUUAAAAGAAGCUCUAAAGAAAGCUCAGUUUGAAGCCAAAAUUUUAGCAAACUCUUCAUCUUCAAUUAGUGGAAAAAAUAUAAUAGAAACAAAAGACACAAAAAAUGAUUCUACUUUUCUUUAUAAAGAUAUUGAUAAUAUGAAUUCUAUCGAUGAAAUACAAAUCAAAAAUUUAAAAAAUGAAAACUUAUAUCUUAAGGCGAAAAUAGAAGUAAUUAAAAUUUAUUAUGCAAAUCAAAUAAAAAGUUUUAGAGAAGCCUUUUUAUAUAUUUUAGGGUGGGAUAUACAAAUAGAACAAAAUGAUGAAGAAAUAUUUUUUAUAUUUACAUCUAUGUUUUCUACUCAUGAUGGGAAAUUUAUAUUUAUCAAAGAUAAAAUGCAGAAUGACAAACGAUCAUAUAAUAAAGAAAAAGACGAAUAUGAAAAAUUUAAGCGCAUCAAGUUGGAGCAUGAUCCCACUUCUGACACAUCUAAAAUUGAUCCCACUAGUGAAAAGACGAAAGAUGAAAUAAGUUACAGUACCGAGCAAACCUCCCAAUGUGCUGUUGAAAAAAAUCUUGAUACAGAUGAACAGUUUUUUGCAGGGUUGUUUGGAAAUAAAAAUCAAAUUAAUGCAGAAAGAAUUAUUGAUAAAAUAAAUUUAAAAAAUACUAAUAUUAAUAUGUCAACAAUUAUGAAAGGGUGUAAAUAUAAUUUGUUACUCCAAGGAUAUUACAGUAUUAAAUGGAAUGAAAAUGCUGAAUGGAAAAAAUAUAUAAAUAAAAUGACAACUUAUCCAAUUCUUUUAUCAUUAUUAUGUAUUGAAGAAUAUAACAGCAUUAAAUCACAAUAUCACAACAGUUUGUGCAAAAACUCAAGGAGUAUACUUUUCAAAAUAUAA